GUCAGUGUGGGCAGAAGAAGAAGAAGAAACACUGACCAGUUCCAGAGGGAGAACUACAGAAGAAGCAGAGAGCUUCUUUCAAGCACUUCUGAUCUACAAGAAUCACUCCAUUAAGUCUAUAAGAAAAUAAUAAACAAACAUGUCUGCUAAAGGCCUUUCCAUUGGCAUUGACCUGGGAACCACCUACUCCUGCGUGGGCGUUUUCCAGCAUGGCAAAGUGGAGAUCAUCGCCAAUGACCAGGGCAACCGCACCACCCCCAGUUACGUUGCCUUCACUGACACCGAGAGGCUAAUUGGUGACGCUGCUAAAAACCAGGUGGCCAUGAACCCGGCUAACACCAUCUUUGAUGCCAAGAGACUCAUCGGGAGAAAAUUUGAUGACCCUAUUGUGCAGGCUGACAUGAAGCUUUGGCCUUUCAAAGUGAUCAGUGACAGUGGCAAGCCCAAAGUACAAGUGGAGUACAAAGGUGAGACAAAGGCGUUCUAUCCAGAAGAAAUCUCGUCAAUGGUUUUGGUUAAGAUGAAGGAAAUUGCAGAGGCGUAUUUGGGGCAAAGAGUGUCCAAUGCAGUCAUCACAGUCCCUGCUUAUUUCAAUGACUCCCAGCGCCAAGCCACAAAAGAUGCAGGAGUUAUUUCUGGUUUGAAUGUCCUGAGAAUCAUCAAUGAACCAACUGCAGCAGCUAUUGCAUAUGGUCUAGACAAGGGAAAAAGAGGGGAGCGAAAUGUUCUCAUCUUUGAUCUGGGUGGUGGCACUUUUGACGUAUCCAUUCUGACAAUUGAAGAUGGCAUUUUUGAGGUGAAAGCCACAGCUGGAGACACACACUUGGGUGGAGAAGACUUUGACAAUCGCAUGGUGAAGCACUUUGUUGAUGAGUUUAAGAGAAAGCACAAAAAAGACAUCAGCCAAAACAAGAGAGCGGUGAGGAGGCUGCGUACAGCUUGUGAACGCGCCAAGAGGACUCUAUCAUCCAGCACCCAAGCAAGCAUCGAAAUUGACUCUCUAUAUGAGGGAAUUGACUUUUACACCUCAAUCACUCGAGCCCGAUUUGAAGAACUAAACUCAGACCUCUUCAGGGGCACACUAGACCCUGUUGAGAAAGCUUUACAAGAUGCCAAGCUGGACAAAUCCAAGAUCAACGACAUUGUCCUGGUGGGCGGAUCCACAAGAAUUCCCAAAAUCCAAAAACUGCUGCAGGACUUCUUUAAUGGAAGGGACUUGAACAAAAGCAUCAACCCGGAUGAAGCCGUGGCCUAUGGAGCUGCGGUCCAGGCUGCUAUCCUGAUGGGGGACACCUCUGAGAAUGUCCAGGACCUCCUUCUGCUUGAUGUUGCUCCACUGUCUUUGGGCAUUGAGACAGCAGGUGGAGUAAUGACCGCACUGAUCAAACGUAACACCACAAUCCCCACCAAACAAACCCAGAUCUUCUCCACGUACUCCGAUAAUCAGCCGGGAGUGCUCAUCCAGGUCUUUGAAGGUGAAAGGGCCAUGACUAAAGACAAUAACCUCCUUGGCAAGUUUGACCUGACAGGGAUCCCACCAGCCCCAAGAGGAGUCCCACAGAUUGAGGUAACAUUUGACAUCGACGCUAAUGGCAUUCUCAAUGUGUCUGCUGUGGACAAGAGCACAGGGAAGGAGAACAAAAUCACAAUCACCAAUGACAAAGGGAGGCUCAGCAAAGAGGAGAUUGAGCAAAUGGUGCAAGAUGCAGAGAAAUACAAGGCAGAGGAUGAGAUGCAGAGGGACAAGGUUGCAGCCAAGAACAACCUUGAGUCCUAUGCGUAUCACAUGAAGAGCAGUGUGGAGGAUGAGAACCUUAAAGGGAAGAUCAGUGAAGAGGACAAGAAGAUGGUCACUGACAAGUGCAACCAGACGAUCUCAUGGCUGGAGAACAAUCAGCUGGCGGAGAAGGAGGAAUAUGAGCAUCAGCAGAACGAACUGGAGAAAGUGUGUAAACCCAUUGUGACCAAGUUAUACCAGGCUGCAGGGUCCCCCGGUAACUGUGGCCCUCAAACUGCAGGCAGCGCACAAGGUCCCACUAUUGAGGAAGUGGACUAAAGUUUUUUAGUAGAUAAAUAUUAUAUAUAUAUUUGAUGUAAAAUUGAACUGUUGUCAUA